GGAAGAGGAGGAGAAAAGAGCUGGAGAAAAGUUUGAAAGGAUACGCGAGACCGGAGACGUUGCCGGUUGGUCACCGUGAAGAAAGGCUAUUCAAAGCUGGUAUCGCGGGGAAAAUCUAUCCUCGGAUUAACAGACGAGGGUCUGUCGUUGGCUGCUGCCGGGCGGGGAGAGGGAUUUUAUUGAUAUUCGGCAGCUGCCGGGAACGCGCCUGAUUUCCGUUUGCUGUUUGGGGAAUAGAUGCGCUGGGAAGCCACGAUGCGGAGCGAUCCCAUUUUGUUCGCUUCCAGGGCCAUGGAGGAGUUGGUGUGUGAGCUGCGUCUGUUCCUGGACCUGCUGGACAGGGAGUAUCUGAGCGCUGGGGUCAGGGAGAAGAAGAUGCUCAUCUCCGACAUCCUCCACAGGGUCCUCACCGCUAAAGAGCCCUCGUUCAAGUCAGAGGUCCACAGCAGCCUUCCGGCACCCCCUCAGAUGCCACUCCCUGAGAUCCCACACCCCUGGCUCCCUCCAGACAACGGGCCUCCUCCUCUCCCCAGCUGCUCUCUCCCAGAGGGAUACUAUGAAGAGGCCGUCCCCCUCAGUCCUGGAAAAGCCCCAGAAUACAUCACUUCCAACUAUGAUUCUGACCAGAUGAGCAGUUCGUAUGAGUCGUAUGACGAGGAGGAGGAGGAUGGGAAGGGGAACAGAGGGAAGAAGAUGCGUCACCAGUGGCCUAGCGAGGAGGCGUCCAUGGACCUGGUCAAGGACGCGCGUAUCUGUGCCUUCCUGCUGCGCAAGAAACGCUUCGGCCAGUGGACCAAGCUGCUCUGUGUCAUCAAGGACAACAAGCUGCUGUGCUACAAGUCAUCUAAAGACCAGACACCCCAGAUGGAGCUGCUGUUAUCAGGCUGUAGCAUCACACAUGUCCCCAAGGACGGCAAGAAGAAGAAAGACGAGCUGAAGAUUGUCCACCAGGGGGCAGAUGCCCUGGUCCUGGCCGUGCAGAGCAAAGAGCAGGCUGAGGAGUGGCUCAAGGUGAUGAGGGAGGUGUGCAGUAAUGGCUGUGACUCAGAUGUAGCAGGGUCUCCGGUGUACAAGCCCGACCUGGAGAAGAAGGUGUUGUGUGAUAGGCCGAGCUCAGACGGAGAGCCGCCCAAUGAGAACGGACACACCGUCACCGACUGUAAGGACCAAGGUAAAGGGAAGAAGGACUCUCAGAAGAGUCAGAAGGGAGGUACGCUGGGUAAAGGGGCGGGGAAGAAGAUCACUAAGAUCAUUGGCUUAGGCAAGAAGAAGCCGUCCACUGACGAACAGACAUCUUCAGCCGAGGAGGACAUACCCACCUGUGGCUACCUGAACGUGCUGUCCAAUAACCGCUGGCGUGAGCGUUGGUGUCGUCUGAAGGACAACCAGCUGCUGCUUCAUAAGGACCGUACUGACCUGAAGACCCACACGGCCAGCCUGCCCCUCAGAGGCUGCGAGGUCAGCCCAGGACUGGACUCUAAACACCCCUUCGCCUUCCGCCUGCUCCGCAACGGACAGGAGGUGGCCGUACUGGAGGCGUCCUCCUCAGAGGUCAUGGGUCGGUGGCUGGGGAUGCUGCUAGCUGAAACAGGCUCUAUCACAGACCCUGCUGCCUUACAUUACGAUUACAUAGAUGUAGAGACUACCGCAAACGUUAUCCAGCUGGCCAAGCAGUCCUUCUGCUUCACUAGUAAACGUGCUGUAUCUCCCAACCCUUAUCUGGACAACCCUGCCAACAGCUACGCAUGUCCCUCUGGAAUGGCACUGCACUAUGAUGAUGUGCCAAUCAAUGGAACGCUGAAGGGAAAAAAGGUCCCAGUGACCAAUGGGACAGCGUCUAAACAGAAGGUGGACAAGAACCAGGCCAAGAAGACCAAUGGAACAACCAAUGGAACAGCAUCUGUGAAACGCAACAACUCCAGUGCAGAGCAGUAUAAGUACGGUAAGAACCGUGUGGAGGCGGACGCCAAGAUGCUGCAGGCUAAAGAGGAGGAGCUAAUAAAGAGAAAGCAGGACAUCAGGAACCGUCUGACCCAGCUGAAGAAGGACAGGAAAGACCUGCGCACCGCCAUGGAGGCCAGCACCGCUAAGCGUUCCGCUGGGUCCCUGGCGGAGCGGCUGAAAAAGGUGGAGGACGAGUGCAAGCUGAAGGAGGACGAGCGGGUGAGCCUGGAGCUGGAGAUGACAGAGGUCAAGGAGAGUCUGAAGAAGGCCCUGAACGGAGGAGUCACUCUGGGACUCACCAUCGAGCCCAAGUCUGGCACCUCCAGCCCACAGUCCCCAGUGUUGCUGAGGAGUACCGUAGAGAACUCUCCCAUCUCCAGCUGUGACACCAGUGACACAGAGAGCUGUUCUACCCUGCCCGUCAACAGUGCCUCCCUCCUCCGCAGAACGACCAAUCAGAAACCCUCGGCCGUCCGCGGCCAUGUCCUCAAGAAGGCCAAGGAAUGGGAGAUGAAGACUGGCACAUGAGCAACAACUCUCUUCACAACAGUCCUAUCUUAUUCGCUUUUUAUUUUAUUUUAAUGCGUGUAUAUAUUAAUUUAAGUCAGUUGGUAUAGGGAAGAAGGUUGAAGAGGAGUACAAGCAUAGCCAAACAGAGAGACGAUCAAGACAAUGCUGAUUUUUGUGUACUUUAUUUCCUGGACAUAAAGAACUAGCAGUCUUUUUCUAGCUUACUAUUGUGUAAUACCAUGUCAUGUUUCAACUACUCUGUUGUGUCCUUUUGCCCAAUCUUGUGUUUUUCUGUUCGUUUUUUGUUUGUUGCAGACAUCCACUUUCAUACAGUCUCUUGUUGCCUGUUUCUCCGUCACAUAAAAUAAUCAGGUUUCUAAAACUCUUGGGGUUCCAAAAUCAAGUGCAUAUUUAUUUGUAAAUGUUUCUUAGGUAAAUACUAGCAUCCUUGUGAUUAUUUAUGUUGAUGAUAUUUAAUGCUUGUUGUAUUGUAUAGCUCCCUCUCUUUAGAACAGGAACUGCACUGUGCCACUAAUGUCCACAUCAUCUGGAUCCAGCCGUUAGUAUCACUGUUAGGCAAUCAUCAAACCAGCAAUACACCUACAGUACUCCUAGUCCUUAGUGGUUGAUGCCUGGGAAUGGGCCUUUGGAAUGCGCCACUCAGUAAAGUGCGGGUCAAACUAAGGCGUGGUGGUGUUCUGGUGAGUUUGGCCACGACUGGCGUUGGGAAAGUCCUCAACCACAAGUAAUGUAGCUUCUUGUAUUUACACUUCUACAUCCAGGAGCCUCGGGCCACUGGUGCACUGUAACCCCGUGGUCUGGUCUCACUCUGUGUGUGUGUGUGUGUGCGUUAGUUUAUGUGUGUGUGUGUGUGUGUGUUAGUUUGUGUGUGUGUGUUGAAAUGUCUUGAGGCACAUUCCAACCCCAUCAUUAAUACACUGUUAGAAGUAGAAGCCCUUGCAGUAUGGUCAGAAAUACCGUGUGUUCUCCACUUCAACCAGAGACUGUAACCUGGUUGUGGAUUCUUAACUUCCAGUUGCUACUCUAGCAACACGUUUCAGCUCAUGCACAUCACACACACAUCACACAGACACAGACACACACACACAGACACACACACACACACACACACACACAGACACAGACACAGACACAGACAGACACUUUUAUGUAAUUUAUUUCUAAUGGUGUUUUUGGUAAUGAUUUUACCACAUCUACAGUACAUUGCAAAAUAUUCCCAUAUCCACACUGCAAAAUAUUCCCAUAUCCACACUGCUCAGUGUAAUCUAACCACGGUGCUUUGUAGGGGUGAGACGUAGCAUGUUGAUGUACUACUGCAAGCAAGCUACGUUUUUACUAGUUUCACUCAAAGGCACGUUUACCUUUAAAACGUCUGGUUUAUGGUGCAUUUAUUGGCCUAGUUGGAAUAUGAGGCUGUGCGUAACAAAAAUGGCCGCCAACAGCUGUUUUCAAGUUAUCAGUGUACAUGUUUGUAUCCCUCUUUGCUUCUCUAUUCAUUCAGAUUGAGGUUGGGAUUCAAUCCCAUCGUGGGUUAAAUGCAUUGUGGUGUUUUAAAGGCAAUUGAGUCGACAUAUGCAGCGUUUAUCGUGAAUGGGAUCUUCGCGAACGAGGGAACAUUGCCUUAAAAAGCCUCAAUGCCUAUAACCUGCGAUCGGAUUGGAUCCCGGCCAAAGUCCCACUAGGCUGCGAGUUAGAGCUAGCUCUUCACCACAAGAUGAGGGAGAGAUGAGGAGAAAGGUUACCAGGGAGAGGAGAAAGAGGUACGCGUCUUGUCCAUUUUGGACCCCUUUCUUCGCUGUUUAAACAACUUCAAAUCUGAAAUGGGCCUCAGAGAGAGAUGAUGUCACUCAGAAAAUGUGAACCCAUUGUACCUGUACAUAGCUUUUUGGGA